UUGUCGUUUCUAGCUUCACACUACUGUUGUCACAUGUGCGUGUAUUUCUUUACAGGGAGAAAAAGCGAUGGCAAAUAAACGUCAAAAUGAGGAUUUUCCCGAAUCCUUAACAACAGCAAAGAAAAGCAAAUCGGGGGAAAGCGAGUUUAAUGGCACUGCCUUCAAAUCCAUGUUAAAGGAUCCUGCUAAAGCGCUAAAGGGAUUGGACACCUUCAUAAAAAUUGCGAAGAAACUUCCCAGUGCAGACCUCUAUGAUGUCGUCGAGGGCUACAUAAAAAUUUCAGUAGACUGUUUAGAAAUUUUCAGAUUACUGGAGGGGGAGAAUCAUUCAGAGUCUGAAAUGAUGCUGAUAUUUCAGAGUUUAGAGAUGAUUUUGCUGCGGACAGCUAGUGAUUUGUCUCAUUUGAGUAUGGUGGGCUCCAACAUAGUAAGGAAGACGUUGUCCACUCACAUGAAGCUUCUGCUCUCCUCUCUGUAUUCUAACAACUAUCGGUUUGUCCGCCAGUGUCUGUGUUUCCUGUCUGCUAUGGUAUCUCAGGGUACGGAGGCCGCCAGAGGGGUCUUCAGUCACGUGAACUUCAGCAGAGGUCUUUCUGGACUCGCUCGGAGAAGAGACAAAUUGGGAAAGCCAGACAUAAGAAUGGCUUACAUACAGUUUGUCCUCUCUUUCUUGAUGUCUGGAGACAAUACAAUAAUUGGCCAGAUUGUGGACACCAAAGAUUUCUUGUAUGAAAUCGUGUCCAGUGGACUUAAAGAUGACAGAAUAUCCAUAGUUAACCUGAUUCUAUCCACCCUUCAAACAAAAGUCAUACAGAAUAAGACCAUCACUAAAACUCAGAAGGUGCGUUUAUUUAGUCCUUCAGUACUGGCUCAGAUAGCCUCUCUCUAUAGAUGGAACGGGAUCGUAGAUAUCAGCACGGAUGAUGAAGAGAAACAGAAGGGUGAAGGAGGGAAACGUAUCGUGAGAGAGCUGGUUCAUAACUUCCUCCUCGACCUCUGCUGCUCGCGCAAACAUGGGAUCAGUUUUCCAGACCCGAGUCUGGGAACAGCAGGGCGAGCAGGAAACAUUGUUCUCCUGCAGUUCUUGGUGGGGCUGAAGCAGGCGACAGAAGAUGAGAUGGUGGCGGAGCUGGUCGUUAGUGUUCUGAAGAACAGUCCCGAUUUACUGACCAGAUACUUCAAAGAAACCCAGUUCUCCUUCACUCCACGCAUCAAGAGUGUAUGGCAGAACAACGUUAGUCUACUCAAGAAAAUCUAUGAGGCUCAGCCGGAGGUGUCCAAGGCUUUCGAAGCACGUGAAAUGAUUCCUUUACCUCGACUGCUGUCCAUGCACUUGGUUACAUCUCUACCACCAGUGUGCAAUAAAGUCUUCUUCACUCAGGGGAUCAAUUUACCUAACUUGGUGGUUCAGCACACAACUCUUUCCCUCCUGACCUUCAUCCUGAAGCGAGCACAGAAAAAUAUUGAGCACUGUCUGGACAGAACAGUCUGGGAGAGUUCAGAAAUUUACAGCCCUGCCAUGAUGGAUGAGUUUGUUCAGCUUUACAGACAGGCCUUGAGCAAAAUUCUACCAGACAUGGUGUCCAUUGUUUCCAAAUGGCAGUCGCUCUCAAAGGAGAAUGACGAUGGAGCAAAUAUCAAGACCACAGGACAUAAAAAAGAGGACAAGAGAGAGGCUGAAGAACACACACAACAGGAUGAGCCAAAGCUUAUUCUGGUGAAAGCGUUGCUUCUCCAAGUGAUGUGCUUGUAUCAAAGGGUGGUUCCUCACCUUGUCAGCCAGAGCAAAUUUGACUUCAGCAAACUCCUGAAAGGCAUCGUGACGGAUAAGGGAAUGAAACAGGAAGUUCCUCCAGUUCUGCAGUAUCAGAUUAUACAGCUCACUCUUCUGCUUCCUGCCAGCAAAUUCUCCUGGUUCCGUGUUCAGGAAAAUGCAGAUCUGCCUAUGGAAAAGGGAGAGAAAUCCGUUUUCUAUUUGUUAUUGAAAAUGUUUGUGAACAGUAACGGUAGCUACUUGAAGACCUCAACCAGGAUGCUUGUGUUAAAAGUGUUAAGGGACAGUGGUGUGUUUGAGCACACAUGGAAGGAGCUGGAGUUGUGGCUGGAUCAUCUUACCCAUUUGGACCAAUCACAGCAGGAGACUGUUAUUCGUUUUCUAGACCAUGUUCUGAUGAAAGUGGUGUGUAACCAGCACGUUUACACUGAAAAAGCAGCGAGUAUGGUCCAAGAGGCAGCGUACCUGCAGACUAAUCUGAGCAGUCAAGAAGGAGAUGAAGCCAGCAUCCCCAUAUCACACAUUGAUGAUGUGUUGGACAUGGUUGAUGUUAUUUUGGAGGGCAAUGAAGGGGACGUUGAAGAGAUCGGACCGCCCCUCACUGAAGACAUCAUCCUCCAGAUGUUCCCCUUCAGUGUAAUUGUGCCAGCUGUGCUAGAGUCCCGCAACAAACUUCCAGACAGUUUAAGAGAUGAGAAUGGUGUGGUGUAUGAGUACAUGAGUGCAGUGCUGUGUGAUAUUCUGCACUGUCAGAGAGAUCCACUGGCUCUUUGUCUGACCCUCCAGCAUUAUGAUAAAGAGCUGAACCCCACAGACACUUCAGCAGCUCCUCAUCCCCCUGUCAUCACCUUCUACAACUACUACUCACAAUGGCUCCCCAAACAGUCACAGGAGACUCUGUUCAUCACUGAAGACUGCACUGAAAGUCCGUCUGCUGGUGGCUUCACGGCGCUUCUGAAGGCGGUCUAUAGUGAAGGGCCGUGUGCUUUCCUGCAGGACUCUUUUAAAGAGGCUGUACAUGAAGCUCUGGCCAAACUGGAUGUGUCCCAAAUCCCACUGGCUGUCAGUCAAGUGCUUCUCUACAUCAGAACCUACGUGCUCAAUUUUAAUUUGCUUCAGAAGCAAUCAGCAGCAGAGGUAUUGAGCUGUCUGAUGACAGUGCUGAACUCUCUCAUACUGAAACUACUGAACUCUGAACAGGCUCGAGCUGAACCUGCAGAACAGAAGGAAGAGGAAGAGCUCUUUUUUGAUACAAACCUCAUACCUUCUCAGAACACUGACAAAGAACAGAUCAUACGGGCUGUGCUCAGAUCAGUGUUCAAACAUCCUACAGUGGAGCUGUGGUUUCUGGCUCUAGAGCUGGGCACUUUCCCCCCUCACACACUGAAUCCGGUGCAUUUAAAGCAGCUGUGUGUGUGUCUCUCGGAGGGCACGCUCACACUGCUGCAGUCCAGUGCCGUCACACUCAGACAGCUGCACGCAUUAGAGCUCAUCAGUACAUACCUGACGACUACACACAGAGCUGUUCUCAAACAACUGCAAGAAAGCAUAAAGUGUCCCAAAAAGGAUUCACGCGCUCUUCGAGUGCUCUUAUCUCUGCAUGAGUACAUUGACUCGUACAGUCUGAAGGAGGUAGUGUCCACCCUGCUGCUGCUCCCUCAGGAGUGUCUGGUGACAGCUGAGAACGAGCUCGGUGUGUACGGUCAUGCAGUGCUGGAGCUCUUCACAGACAACAUGAGUCGCAGCGGCUUCAGUACUCUCUCACAUGCUCACCUGCGGGGUCUGGCUGCGCUCCUCACAUCCUGCCAGUGUGUACAGCUUGAGGACUUCCUGCUGCAGGUGUUGUCCCAAGAGCCAGGCAGUGCAAGACUCAUUCAAACUGAGGUUCUCCUGCACUGUAUCCAGAGAGACAGUCCCUCAGCUCAGGCUUUGGGAGUUCUUCUGCUUCAGAACUGCUCCACACAUGUUCUCAGCUUUGAGCUCUGGUGUCUGGAGUCAGCUAACCUAUCACAGAUCACCUCCCAGAGCACAAGCUUCCUGUGUUUACUCAACACUUACCUGCAGAGAGCCGCUCUGGAUGAUCCCUCUCGCCCUAAACACAUUCAAAGAUCAGUUCUGCAGGCCCUGAAGAAAGCGUUACUGUCUGAGCUGUGGAGUGCAGUGCAGGAAGGAGAGGCAAGAGUUUCAACAGGUCUCCAUGUGCAGGUCCUCUCCAACCUCAUCCGCCUGGCAGCUUCAAACUCUGACCUCACCCAACUUAUGAAUGAUCUACCUUCCAUACUUAACAACUCAGACAGUUAUGAAAGUUGGCAGCUGGCAGACUGUAUCAGUGAAAAGCUGUGUGAUAGUUCAGAGGAGCUGUCUUACUGGAGAAGAUCUCUGCUCACUGCUGCUUUCCACUGGCUGUCCAAAGUAUACAAAGAGCAGAAAGACCCACAAACCCACCAUGAAGAGGCCAUGCUGACCAGAGUCAAAUCUCUCCUGAUCUUUCCAGAAAAUGUCACUGCAUCGGACUGGAACAACUUUGUCAAGUCUGGACUGAAAUAUCGAUACUGCGACCCUGGCUUUUUGGGCACCCUAAACACACUGUUGGAGAUCAUGUAUGGAGCACCAGAGACCUCUAAAGAGUUUUUGCCAUUGGCGACUCUCCAUAUGAUGAUCACCAGUCACUCUCUGUUUUUGCCCACAAUGCUGACCACACAGGACGAUCCUGACAGUCUGUCUAAAGAGGCAUUGGUUUCUCUCCUGCUCACACUAGUGAAGAAAUGUCGCGAAGUGUGUAACACCAAUCACUUCCUUGUGCUGCUUGGUGCAUAUGGAGCUUCACUGAGCACCACAGAUCAGAAGCUGUUACUCCUGCUGCGGGAAUAUGAGAAGAACAACAUUAGUCUUAAAGAGUUUCAGUAUGUGCUGUGGGGCCCUUCUGCAUUAGAGCACCAUAAAGCCCGUAAGAGUCUGGGACCGUCACUGUGGCAGAGGCCCAGCUCAGAGCAGCUGCUGUCACUGCUCACUGCAGACAGGAUGAUGAACACAGUGAUGCACUUCCCACAGCAGCGGUACAUCAUCCCUCGGGAGAGUAAAGGCUUGAUCUACUCACAGGAGGGCAAACGGUCUCUAGAUUUGUCAUGUCUGUAUGAUCCCUGUUUCCUCCUCCCUCUGUUCAGCUUUAUCCUUUGCCCAGAGUGUGUGGUGGACUGUCAGAAGUUUGUUUCGAGUCAUGCUUUGGGUGUCACAGUGGCAGCCCUGAGCAGCUAUGACCCUAAAGUGAGAGCUGCCGCAUACCAAAUACUGGGCUCUUUCUACCAACAUCUGGAGGGCGCUCGUUUCCAAGAGAAGAGACAGCUUUUGUACUUGCUCGACACAGUCAAGAAUGGAAUCCAAAAGCAAAAUCAACAGGUGCCAUUUGUGCAUGUGACCUACAUUACCAAAGUUGCUCAACAAAUUUUUAAACCUGAGGAACACAUGUAUGUGGUAGUGACCAGAUUUAUUCUGGGAACUCAGUUUUUGGACCUUAAGAGGAUUCCUGACUUCUUCAAACUGUUCUUCAGCUGUGAUAUGGAGCAUAAAAUGGAGCGGAAGUGGGUGUUGAGUGUGUUGGAGGAAGGGGUCCGAGAUAAAUUCUGCUAUGAGCUCUUUGAGAAGCAAGGCAUCUGUCAGACUCUAAUGGGCUUCAGCAGUAGUCCUCUCUGUGACCAGCUCACUCAGAAUCAGAUUUUGAAUAUUUUGCUGCAGGCCGCUCAUGUCAAUAGAGCGGCUUAUGACCUCACCAAAGAACAUGGAGUCUUAACAUGGAUAUUACAGCUGAUAGAAAAGAGGUAUGUGGACAGCAAGUUGUUGAGUUGUGUCAUUGAGUUGCUUCAUACACUGUGGUUCACUAACUUGGGUGAUAAAGAGGGCAGCACAGACUCAAGCAGCACUGCAGCAGAGCGGCCACAGACUUCAGGCAGAUGUCUUCCUCUGCAAAUCAUCAAUGAGUUUCAAAGCACACUGCUCACAGUUAUCAGACAUUUGGGGGCUGGUGUGAGCGCACCUCAGCUGAAGGCAUUCCUGCAUACACUCUCCUCUGUACUGACGCAUUGUGGGACAGCUGUGAAUGCUCACAGAGAGAGUGGUUGGCUGACACUGCACCCACAUAAACUCCCUUGUUCUGAAGUGCUCAUUCUCCUGCAGCGCUGGGGAAUACUGGCGCAUGACACCUCACUGCUGUCUGCUCUUCAGGCUCUCGCCAACAAACACAAAGUCAAAGAGCUGCUGGGCUCUGGAAGAGAGAAAGGGCAAGGAAAAUACCACCCAGUGAAGCAUAAUCAAUUUCAAAUGGAAAAACAGAACGAUGUUGUUGAUGGACAAAGGGAAAUACUGGAGCAGGCUUUAAUGGAGGAGUGUAAACCUCUUUUGAGAAACAUUCUCAUUCAGUGGGAACCUAAACAGCAAAAAGCUGUUAUCACUGACCAACCUGAUUCCAUAGAUCUAGGUGAUGCCACUUCCCGUUUAAUUCUAAAGUGGGCCCUUAAGACAUUGGCGGAGAGCCCGUAUCAAGGCAACAGCACCUUAGCUUUCUUAAAAUGGAUGCAUAGAAACAUACUGCCUCGUGCAGACAUCGUAGAUGCUUUUCUAACCGAUGAAGAUGCAAGAAAUGACAUCCUAAGACUGUAUCGCCAGACAUAUGACCACACAACUGGAGAACAUCGCUCAACUGUGGAGACCCUGCAGCUAUUCUCUGCAGUCAUGGUUAAUUUUCUGGAGGCACGGAGUGAUUCUCUGAGUGACAUACACCAGAUGGUGAUAAAGACAUGCAUGCCUUCAAAUGAAGAUGAUGUUGCCAAGACAGAAACGGGCCUAAAACUGCUCUCGCUGUACAUCUAUGAGAUCUGGAGUGGAGCACGGUCCCCUGACCUCCUUUUGACUCAUGCCAGACUGGUGUGUGGGGGCAACAGGAAGUGCAUCAAAAAGGCCAAAUCACAUAUACUGCACAUGUGUCAAGACAUUCUGUCUACUGUGGACUCAUGACAUACUGCUCUGUGUAUUCAUGAGAUACGAUCCUUUUGCUAAAUUGUAAAAAAACGGGAAAAAAUAAAAAUAAAAAUUACAGUUAUACUUGUAUACUGUAAGGAAUUGUUUUAAAAUAAAAAGAUUUUCAAAUAAGUAUGUGAGUUUGUUGGCUAUGGAUGACAUUGGUAGACUGAAAUACCAGUGAAACUUUUUGAGAUUAUGGGCUAUAUACAAAACAGGCACUAUUAAUAAACAGCUGUUAAACAUUCAAAUAAAUUGUAUUUUAA